AUGUGGAACAGCGUCGGAUUCUAUCAGGUUUGUGUGCUUGUAUUGAGGGUGCUUUUAAUGGGUUUCUGUGCCUCGCCCCACAUCGCCAAGCUGGGGAUGACUCCUGUGUCUUGUGUGCUCGAGGUCUUCUUUGACCGCACACGCUACUCCCAAGGCUCUCUCCUCUCCACGCUCCAUGUUUUCCGGCCGUCUCAGUACCCCCUUGUUCUCCCUCACUUCGUCCCCAUGCAGAUCGCCAAGCUGGGGAUGAUACCCGUAUCCUGCGUGCUAGAGGUCUUCUUUGACCGCAUGCGCUACUCCCAGGGCUCGCGCCUCUCCGUGCUGCUGGUGCUGAUAGGGGUGGCCACGUGCACCAUCGCUGACAGCAGUCUCAGCGUGAAGGGCAUGGUGGCAGCGGCUGUCGCUGUCUGCUCCACUGCCCUGCAGCAAUACUACGUGCAAUACCUGCAGAAGAAGUAUCGCCUGGGCUCGUUCGACCUGCUCUCCCACACAGCACCCGUGCAAGCCGGCUCGCUCGUUCUGCUGGGCCCUCUUAUUGACUGGCUGUUGUCUGGUGCCCGUGUUGACAGCUACGACUUCAGUGUUCCCUCUGUGCUGUGCAUUGGGCUCUCAUGCCUGAUAGCUGUGGCGGUCAACGCGAGUCAGUUCAUCUGCAUCGGUCGCUUCACAGCCCUCACCUUCCAGGGCCUGGGCCACAUGAAGACCCUCUCCGUGCUCGUGCUCGGAUACGCUCUCUUUGGAUUGGACGGACUCAACGCACCGGGCCUGGGCCACAUGAAGACCCUCUCCGUGCUCGUGUUUGGAUACGCUCUCUUUGGAUUGUAUGGACUCAACGCACCGGUAAGUCGCUUCAUGGUGCAUGCUAGCUUUGAGGGCGAGGAUGAGGUGUAG